CGUUAUUUCCUGCGAAAUGCGCAUGCGCAAUUAAAUUACAUUUUUCGACAGUUCGUGUGGGCAAAUAAGCGACGGAUUUCAACAAUAUUUCUCUGCCAUUUACACAAUUUCCAAUUGAUUUUAAUAAGCAAUGGAACUGAGUGUUUAAGUUCAGGAGGACAGUUAAACAGUAACAAUGGUGCUGUCUCAAAGGCAAAAGGAUGAAUUAAAUAAAGCCAUUGCUGACUAUCUCAGUUCCAAUGGCUACAUCAGCGCCCUUACAGAAUUCCAGAAAGAGGCGUCUAUGCCUCUUGAAUUAGACAAGAAGUAUACAGGCAUUUUGGAAAAGAAAUGGACUUCUGUCAUCAGAUUGCAGAAAAAGGUCAUGGACCUUGAGGCUAAACUUUCGGAGGCAGAGAAAGAAUUCAACCAGGGUGGCCCGACCCGAGAUAAGAGAGAUCCGUCAGAAUGGAUACCGCGACCCCCAGAACGCUACUCCCUGAGUGGCCAUAGGGCUCCUGUCACAAGGGUGGUGUUCCACCCAAAAUUUAGUGUGAUGUUGUCUGCUAGCGAGGACGCCACUAUAAGGGUAUGGGACUAUGAGACAGGAGACUAUGAGCGGACAUUAAAAGGCCAUACAGACUCUGUGCAGGACAUUGCAUUUGACCAGGCUGGCAAAUACCUUGUGUCCUGUUCUGCAGAUAUGACAAUUAAGCUGUGGGAUUUUCAAGGAUUCGAAUGUCUUAAGACCAUGUAUGGCCAUGAUCACAAUGUUUCGAGCGUAUCAUUUAUGCCAAGCGGUGAUUUUAUUGUCUCCUCAUCACGAGAUAAAACAAUUAAGAUGUGGGAGGUGUCAACAGGGUAUUGUGUAAAAACCUUCACUGGUCAUCGUGAGUGGGUUCGGAUGGUGCGGGUGAACCAGGAUGGUUCCCUGUUGGCCAGCUGCUCCAACGACCAGACCCUGCGUGUAUGGGUGGUGGCCACCAAGGAGUGCAAGGCAGAGCUGCGUGAACACGAGCAUGUGGUGGAGUGCCUGGCCUGGGCCCCAGAGUCUGGCCACCCCGCCAUCAAUGAGGCAGCUGGAGUAGAUAACAAGAAGAGCCGAAGUGGUCCAUUCCUGGUGUCUGGGUCGAGAGACAAGACAAUCAAAAUGUGGGACAUAAGCACUGGAUUAUGUCUCUUCACUUUGGUCGGUCACGACAAUUGGGUGCGUGGUCUUGUAUUCCAUUCCGGUGGGAAGUUCAUAAUCAGUGCAUCAGAUGACAAGACUAUACGUGUGUGGGAUGUUAAAAACAAGAGAAACCAGAAGACACUGGAGGCACACCAACACUUUGUGACCUCCAUUGAUAUGCAUCGGACAUCCCCAUAUGUGAUAUCUGGAAGCGUAGAUCAGACAGUGAAGGUAUGGGAAUGUCGCUAAAGCAGUCCCAUGGCAAAUAUUCCCAGCUACAAAACAUCAGCUAGCAUUCUUUGUGUUACAUCUUCCCCCGACCCUAGUGAGAAGCUUCUACUGUAUCCCACAACUGGGCACAUAAUACUUGAAAACACUGACCUCUGGUGUAAAGGGGUUUGAUCAGCGUUAGUAUCAGACUGAGGCCCCAAAUGGCAUGAUAUUAAUUAUCUUGGAAGCUUCUCGUGUUCAUGAAAUAAGAAAAUAGAAAUGGAAGAUGAGGUAAAGACUGUUUGAGCUGAGUGUUUCAGAGGUCAUUCUACUGGACCGAGAAAAAAUUUCAACAAAAGAAGAGAAAUUGAUGUUAACCAUAGCCAAGAUAGGUGCAUUGUGUGUUGUAUGCUCGACUGUCAGCUGAAGUCAAUUAGUGUACAUCGGCAUUUAGUCCUGCAUUUGUUUCUGUUGUGUGUUAAUUAUAAUAUGUCUUCAGCUUUAUAUAUAUCUUCAAAGUGCUGAUAUUGGAAGGCUUAUGAUUUCAGUGUUGUUUCUUGCUAACCAGUGUUCUUUGUGAAUGUUUUUAAUAAGUGUAUUCAUGUCUGCUUGCCACUUAUCUGGAUGACUGAGUGCUAGGGACAGUAAGGGUUGAUGCAAGUAUCACUGACUACAUACACAACAGUAACUGUAAACAAGCUGAAAUUAAGCAUUUUAAAAUGACUGUAGAAGAAGUCACACUUCUUAUGUAUAAUUUAAGGCAAUUGAUUUCCAGAACAAAUGUUUGUAUUAGUUAUUCAUCAAUCACAAAUUAUUAUUUUUAAAAGCUUAGAUUUUUAUACAAUCUUAGUAUUGGAUUAACCAUAUGUUGUUACAAAAUAAAAAGUUGGAAAUUGGUUUCAAAACGAAGCUUAUUUCUUCUUUUAUUGAAGAAAUUAAUGAGCAGAUCAUUAUGUUUUGAUGGAAAUAACUCUUUUUGAUGAAGUUUCUAAAACUCAACUGACUUCAAGUUGUUGUUGUUUUUUCGACAAGCAGUAGAAUUGUAUGUGUAAUCCUUUACUCGUUGUUAAUUGUCAUAAAUAAGUAUUAUAAGUUGAAAGAAAGAUGUGGUUAUAAAACCAGGUUUAACUAUUAAGAAUUUUUUUUAUUUCUCUGCUGCUUCAAACUAAGUGCUCAAUUUUAAACAGACAAUUAUGUUAAUUCAUUAAUUUGCCAUUGACAUCAAUAAAACGUCAUAAUAUUCCACUAUAUUCAACAUGUGCAUCACUGGAAUGGCAAGGUCACAGCAGAUGUCUGCAGGUAAGCAGAAUCGGCCUUAAAAUGGUUAUGGCAGAUCAGAGAAUAGCAGUGAAAAGCUAAUCAGUGGCUGGUUGAGAUGUGAUCCCUUGUGUCUGGCGCACCUCCGGAAGAUGUUGUGGACAGCACCUAAACAUCUCCUGAAAGGAGGACUCCACCUGAAGAAGAGACUGAUGCAUAGACAUAAUGCAUUGUUUGUAGGUUAUCACUGCUUUGGGACGUGUUCUGAGAAAACUGGGCUUAAUGCAUGUGCAUAGUGUCGUUCCAGAUUAGCCUGUGCAGUCCGCACAGACUAAUCAGGGCCAACACUUUCCUCUUUUAUGACAUUUUUAGAUUAAAUGAAAAAAUCCAAUUUAGGCAGAAAGUGUCGUCCCUGAUUAGCCUGUGCAGACUGCACUGGCUAAUCUGGGAUGACACUUUACGCACAUGCAUUAUGCCCAGUUUUCUCAGAACCCGACUCAUUUUAUUUUAAAAGCCAAUUUAGAAAGUGGUAGUACAUAUUGUCAGGAUAUUGUGAUGACAUAUUCAAUUCCCGUGUGUGACUGUGGUAUUCAAUGUGGCUACCUGAACUUUAUCAUGUUUUCUGAGGUUAUCUUAUUCAAUAUGCUAUAUAUUUAUUAAGUUUUGUUAAUGGUAUUAUUAUUGAUUAUGUAUGUUACUUUGUAAAAUAAUAUGCCAUAUAAUUCACGUGCGUGACUUUGGGAAUGUACUUUUAUUUAGUUUUGUAUACUUUCAACUGUGUAUAAUGCUUGAUGUGUUAUGUUAGGAAUCACUUUGUGAUAUUUGUUUUGUUAAACAAAGUGUAAUCACAUAGUUCUUGUGUUGAUUAAGUUGAUUAUCUUUCAACUUUAUUACGACGAUGAAAUAUUAGUAAUUGCACAUAUAUAUUUAUGGCCACGUUGUGCUUUUAGCAUCUAAACAUUUAUUGUGUAUUUGAAUGUCACAUUGAUAUUUCCUGCUUUGAAAAUGUUAAUUACUUUUCUGAAAAUGUUUUCAUGGCGGCAUCAAUAGUUAGUAUGUUCUAUGUGAAUGCUUAGACAAUAAACAUAAGUUGUUGAUCUGACAAGACUGUUAUGUAAAUGCCCAUGUUCUGAAGUUUUACUGCUUUUGAAAUUAAUCAUAACAAGGUAUUUUUCGGUUUUGGAUUGCACAUUUAAAGAUUCGCUGUUUAUUCAUAUGCACAGUUCCAACGCUGCUAUUAUAAUGAAAUUUAUGUAUAUGCACAGUUUGAAUGCUGCUGUUAUAAUGAAGGCUUAUUUCUGUUGCUUAUAUUGAUAUAUUUUGCAUCCGUCCAAACUAUGGUUCACAUGAUAUUAUUGAAGCAAGCAUUUGUAAUUUCUUAUUGGAACCUUGGCAGGGUUGGGGGUGGGAGAUCUGGUAAAAUUCAAAUGGAUCCAUUACUAUGAGAUAUUUUGACUUAAAAUGAAGUCAUCAACAGUGCAAUAUUGUUAUGCCCCUUGCAAAGAAGGCGGCAUGUAGUAGUCAGACUGUCCGUCCGUCUGUAGGCCUGUGUCAUUUCACAGCCAUAAAUAUGUCAUUUAUUAUUGGAUUUUAAAAACUGUCCACCAUCAUAACAAAUUGUGUUGCAUGUCAGGCCCAUCUCCUAAUAUCAAUGUUCAAGGUCACACAUAUAUGUAAAUAAGCAAAUUUGACCAUAUACCAGCUUGAAAAUUCCUGUCUUAGAAUAACCUUUCCAUAUAUUGAUGGAUUAAAGAAUAACUGGGAACAAAUGCAAUCCUAAUAUUACAUAUCAUCUCAUCUAUAACCUUUGUCUACCUACGAAGAAAGUCAAGGUUACCCUUAAAAUUCAAAUGUCAAAUGCGGUAGUAGAAAAGCUUGUUUUCACUGUAACUUUCACAUUUCAUGUUAUUUUAAAAUUACUUGACACAAACUACUACCAUGAUGAGAAAGUGUUAUGUGUGUGAAAUCUGUCCCCUACCUCAGAGAUCAAGGUCAAUGUUGGCUAUAAAACAGUCUGUCCAGAUUGUAAAGUUGUCAUUCAUCAUCCUUUUUAAAUAUAACUCGCAUAAGGACACUGAAUUGUUUAGUGUUUCAACCUUUUCAGUACCUCAAGGUCACGUGUGGAGGUUAAAAAUCAGAUUUGGCCAUUAAAGGCUUGUUUGUGACAAAAGCAGAGUUCGGGACCGAAAGUGGGCAAUGAGGGCAUCUGUUCAGUUUAGACACUUUUUGGUAUUUUCUGUCAAAUGUGUGAAUGUGUAGUAAUAAAUUAGUAAUUAGUCAUAAACAAUUAAUUUAAUUUUUCCUUAAAUGUUAUUUGUGUAUAAACUAAUGUAUGUAUUCCUAUAUAUAAUAUUUAUUUACCAAAGUGAGAGGCAAUGUGUACUUUUUCAUUUGCAACCACCAAAUGUUUUCAUUUUCAAGUCUUUCAUAUUAUGACAUAAAGUGAUAUUAACAUAAUCUCUUCAGAAAGAUAAAACUAUGGUGUGCACAAGUUGAUGAUUUUAAUAAUAUACCAAUACAGACUAUACAGAAAAGGUUGUAUGUACUGGUAGCUUGGCAUUGAAACUUGGCAGUAGGAAUUGCUUGUAAUGAUGCUUGGCCUAAAGCAAAACCUGUUCAUUCAUUCAAUGAUACAUCUGUGAUACCUUGAUGGGCUGCAUGCAAAAUAUAUUUAGUAUAUGCAGUAGUUAAAUGAAUGAGACUGUUUAUGUUCACUGCAAUCUCCUAAGCCAUGUUAUGUUAAAGCGUAUAACAUUUGAAGUGUCAGUUUGGCUUAAAAGACUGCGGUGAACAUGGUUUACACUCCUGCUUCUGUUUUCAAGGAAUAUUGCUUGUGCUGUGUAUUGUUUUUUAACUAGAUAGAUUUGUAUCAAUUCAUGUGCAAUACAUGUUGGUUAUCCACUGUUUUGCUGUACAGGUUACAUCAUUCUUGACAUUAUCAAAGUGAAUUAUUAGUUGAGUAAUUUUAAUAAUGUCCAAAAAAACAUGCCUCUUUCAUUUUUGAUUAAUUACUAGUGUUGUCAUAAAUAUAUUACUAAAACCUUGAGUAGGAGCAUCCUUUUGAAAAACUUGUAGUGUGGAUUAUUUUACAAGUUUAAUGCAUAUUGACCUGGAUGUACAUUUACCAUAUCGUCUGCUGGUAUAUGCUUAAGAAUAGUCAAUCUACUUGAAUUUUUAUAUAUGAUUAUUGAAGAUUGCAUUCAAAAUUUGCCAGAAAAAAACGAAAAACAAAUAUGUUGUACUGUAUGAUUUUUCUCUUGGACAUACAUGUAUUUUAUUGACUGUUUUCAAAAUGGUGCCACUAUGGAAGGUCUCAAAAUAAUAUUAAUUGUUGAUCAUUGUAUGAUAUGGGCUGUGCAGUGUGAAAAGGGGGUUUAAUGAAUGUGCGUGAAGUGUCGUCCUAGAUUAGCCUGUGUAGUCAGGGACAACACUUUCAGCUUUUAUGGUAUUUUUCAUUUAAAGAAAGUCUUUUAGCAAAAAUCCAGUUAAGGCGGAAAGUGUUGUCCCUGAUUAGCAUGUGCUGACUGGACGGGCCAAUCAGGAGCAACACUACACAUAUGCAGUAAACCCCCUUUUCACAAAGCACUGCCCAUAUAUAAUAUAUAUAUCCUGUUUUCCAUACAUUACUUACUGUAAUUUAUUUUGCUUCUAUGGUCCAUCUUAUUGCUUAAUUCUAGAACUGAAUAUGCAGUGGUGUUAUUUGGAUUCUAGAUUUUAUUAUGCACAGUAUGAAUGCUUGUAAAAAAUGGUUGAAAGAAAUGGUAAACUGUAGCUGAACCAAUACAUAUAAUGAUAUAUAGCAAUAUGCAAGGAUAUGAAAUUGUAUUUCUGUAUUGGCAUCCAUGUUAAACAAUACCCAGCUUGAAAAUCCCUUUUUUCAUAAACCUAUUUUGAUAAUGUCCUUUAUUUUUAACAAAGGACUUAUCUUUUUCGUUCAAAAUAGACUGAAGUGAGGGGAUUUUCUGUUGGAUGGAUGGAAGUGUCCACCCUUUGUGGUGGAUUUUGUUGCAAUGUAAUGAGGCUUUGAUAGUUUCAAGUUUGGUUUUGUGUCUAAGUAAUAUCAUUAUAUAUUUAGUCAAUAAAUGGCUAUAAGCA